UCCAAGAUGAGUGUUGCAGAACAAAAGUAAAACAUAUUUCACAGCCUUCCAGCAAAAUCCCUCGCCCCAACAUUUUUUGUUCUAAAGAUUAAUAUUAGUACUACUUCUCUGUGUUCUUAUUCAAAGAACGCCUUGUAAAUCCGGAAUAAAAGACAAAAAAAAAAAGCAGAGUCUCAGCAUCUUGUUCAAAACCCAGAUCAAGAAUGGCUUCAAAUUUGGUUUUCAGGUACUUCAUGGCUUUCUUCUUAGUGAAUCUUUACUUGAAAGUUGUAGCUGCAGACCUAAACUUGUCAUUUUCUUUCAAGAACAUUGGUAAAGACUCGGAAGAAUUUGAAUCACAGAUUGCUAUGUAUGGUGAUGCUAGGGUGGCCAAUGAUAGUAUUCAAAUUUCUGGUUCAGGGGUUUCUAGUUCUGGGAGGGUCAUUUACAAGAAACCUGUUAAGUUGGUUGAAGGAAACCCAAUAAAUAUGUUGUCUUUUUCUAUGAAUUUUGUGUUUUCCACGUCUAGUGAAAAUGGGGAUGGGUUGGCCUUUAUUAUAGUUCCUGCUAGUUUUCCUGUGGAUGUUUUUGAUGGUGGCUCAAUGGGGCUUUUGGGGGAGAGAAAAAUGAGGUUUCUUGCUGUUGAAUUUGAUACUUUUAAAGAUGAAAAGUGGGGUGAUGUCAACGGUAAUCAUGUUGGCAUUGAUAUUGAUAGUCUCGUGUCUGUUAAAGUGAGCAAUGUUUCAUCAAUCAAUUUGGUGCUGAAUAAUGCUGAAAAAUUAGAGGCAUGGAUCGACUAUGAAGCAAAUUCUAAACGAAUUGAGUUGAGGUUAAGUAAGUUAGGUGUCGUAAGGCCAGUUGAGCCAUUUCUUUCUUAUCCUAUUGACUUGUCACAAAUGUGGGGAAAGGAGGAUGUUUUAGUGGGAUUGAGUUCAUCGAGUGGGAAUUCAUCACAAAAGUGUAACGUGCAUUCGUGGAGUUUUAGGUCGAGAACUUUCCCGCAUUGGAUGCAUUCAGAACCAGUGGACCCUGAGUCUUUUGUGGAGAAGGGAUCAGAACUAAAUGUUCGUAAGAGAAGUGGUUGUACCUUGAGAAUCAUUGCUGCGUUGAUUUUUGGCACCGGAUGUGGAGCAUUGGGGGCAUUAAUUGUGUUGUUUGUUUGGACUAUCUUUGCAAAUAGGCGUCCUGUAGUGCCAGAGGAUUAUGCUGUGAAGCCAAAGGAAUAUGCUUUGCAGCCGAAGGUAUUUGAGUACAAAAAGUUCAAUGUUACUGUAGAUAAGACAAUGGCUGAUUGUAAGUAGGUGAUGGUCUUGCAGAUUAGUUGGUGCGUCUUUUGUAUGUAAAUCCCGUUCAUUUCCGUACUUGCGUGUUUUGCUUUAGUGUUCUGCUGUAAUUUAAUGAUCAAGCAUCCAAAUGUAGUUAUGCUAUAUAACCAUGUUAUGAUCAUCAAAAUACAGCUUCAGAUUUGGAACAUGGAAUGUUAACUAUGAAUAUUUCCAUUAUUUACAAGAUAAUCCAACUUAUUGGUCUAAGAUUAUGAAUA